UGCAACUUGGCGCGAAAAGUUUUGUUACGCUAUUGUCGUAGGAGCUUGCAUAUUAACAUGGAUGUGGCAGAACAAGCUGUAAAAUCUAAUCAAGUGAAAGAUUCUGUGGGAGAAAGGUGUUUGAAGUUAUUUCAAGACUUUUUGGAGGAGUUCCACGUGGAUGGAGAAGCCAAGUAUCUCCCAUUAGUUCAGGAACUUGUUAGACCUGAACGAAACACGCUAACUGUUAGCUUCGCAGAUGUUCAGACCUACAACCAGCAGUUGUCUACAACAAUAUUAGAAGAGUAUUAUCGGGUGUAUCCCUUCCUGUGCCGAGCUGUGAAGAACUAUGCACGCGACUGGGGCCAGAUACCACCUUCAAAAGAGUUCUACAUUAGCUUCACUGAUGUUCCAUCUAAACUGAAAGUUCGAGAGCUAAUGACCGCUAAGAUUGGAAGCCUGCUGCGCAUCACUGGACAGGUGGUUCGGACCCAUCCUGUGCAUCCAGAGCUUGUGAAUGGAACAUUCUUAUGUCUAGACUGCAGAACAGUCAUUAAGGAUGUGGAGCAACAGUUCAAGUACACACAGCCAACAAUCUGUCGAAAUCCAGUCUGCAGCAAUCGGUCACGUUUCAUGCUUGAUGUGAACAAGUCACGCUUUGUCGACUUCCAGAAAGUUCGAAUUCAAGAGACUCAAGCUGAACUUCCCAGAGGCAGUAUUCCUCGCAGUGUUGAGGUCAUACUUCGUGCAGAAGCAGUUGAAACUGCUCAGGCUGGAGACAGAUGUGAUUUUGUUGGUACUCUUAUUGUUGUUCCUGAUGUUGGCAGUUUAUCUUUAACAGGUGCUAGAGCAGAAACCUCUACUCGUGUAAAAGGUGGAGAAGGCCAAGAGUCGGAAGGAGUGCGAGGGUUAAAAGCUUUGGGUGUUCGCGACCUUACUUACCGUCUUGCCUUCCUGGCUUGUACAGUGCUGCCGUCAUCAGCAAGGUUUGGAGGCCGUGAUGUGAAUGAAGAAGAAAUGACAGCAGAAAUGAUCAAGAAACAGAUGACAGAGGAGGAGUGGCAGACUGUGUAUGACAUGAGUCAAGACAAGCAUCUGUACAACAAUCUUUGUUCAAGUCUUUUUCCUACAAUACAUGGCAAUGAUGAAGUCAAAAGGGGUAUUCUUCUCAUGCUUUUUGGAGGUGUUCCCAAGAUAACUAUCGAAAGGACACACUUGCGUGGUGAUAUUAAUGUAUGCGUUGUUGGAGAUCCAAGCACUGCCAAAUCACAACUUCUGAAACAAGUAGAAGGAUUUAGUCCGAGAGCUGUGUACACAAGUGGCAAAGCUAGCACUGCCGCUGGUUUGACUGCAGCUGUUGUGAAGGAUGAAGAGUCACACGAGUUUGUGAUUGAGGCUGGAGCAUUGAUGUUAGCAGACAAUGGUGUCUGCUGCAUUGAUGAGUUUGAUAAAAUGGAUCCCAAGGACCAAGUGGCCAUCCAUGAGGCCAUGGAACAACAGACAAUCUCAAUCACCAAAGCUGGAGUCAGGGCAACACUGAAUGCUCGUACCUCCAUUUUGGCUGCAGCCAAUCCAGUGUCAGGCAGAUAUGACCGUUCACGCUCCUUAAAACAAAACUUGAACAUGACUGCACCUAUUAUGUCACGCUUUGAUCUUUUCUUUGUGCUUGUUGAUGAAUGCAACGAGGUCACAGACUAUGCCAUUGCAAGACGCAUUGUGGAUCUUCACAGUAGAUUGGAAGAAUCUGUAGAGCGCACCUAUUCUGUGGAAGAUAUUCGUCGCUACAUAUCCUUUGCUCGCCAGUUUAAACCCAAAAUUGGUACAGAAGCCCAGGAGUACAUGAUUGAAGAGUAUAAACGUUUAAGACAGCGAGACUGCUCGGGUGCAGGUAAAUCUUCAUGGAGAAUCACCGUCCGACAGCUGGAGAGCAUGAUUCGUCUCUCAGAAGCGAUGGCCAGGAUGCACUGUCAGGAGGAGGUGCAGCCAAAGCAUGUUAAAGAAGCCUUCCGUUUGCUCAAUAAAUCAAUAAUCCGUGUGGAGCAACCAGACAUUCAUCUUGAGGAGGGUUCCGAUGUGGAAGAUGAGGCAACAGAACCGAUGGAUGAGGACAAAGAAACUUCAGCCGAAUCUCAACCAGUCAAUGGGGAGGCAUCACCAGGUGCCGAAGAAAAAGACCCAGCCCCAAUCACUGUCAAGCGUUCUCUGAAGCUAUCGUAUGAAGAGUACCGACAGAUGGGAAAUCUGCUGGUCCUGCACAUGCGCAGACAAGAAGAGCAAGAGGAAGAAGGAGAUUCUGGAAUGCACAAGAGUAAACUGAUUGCCUGGUACCUCAGAGAAAUUGAAAAUGAAGUUGAGUCUGAGCAAGAGCUGUUGGAGAAAAAGACCCUUGUUGAAAAAGUCAUUGACAGACUCAUCCAUGUUGACAAUGUGCUCAUUGAGUUGCGACAGACAGGCCUCCAACCUCAAACAAAACAUGGGGAGUCAUCAUUAAUCAGAGAAGACGAUCCUAUCCUUGUGGUGCAUCCAAACUUUGUUAUCGAUGCUUGAAAUAUUAACUGAAGACUGUGUACAACAUGAAUGCUGCAGGAGAAAAUAUUAGAGAAGAUUGUGAUGGAAUAUGAAAACUUGCAAUAAAAAUGGAAGGUAU